GUGCCCUCCGCGCCUGCCCCUGGCGGUGCCGCGCAGGGCCGGCGCUGGGCGGCGCUCUCGCGGCGCGCUCUGCGCCGCGGCGCGCCUCGUGGCGGCGGGCGCGGCCGCGUGGGCGUCGUGGGGCCUCCGGCACCGGCUGGGCGGGGCAGGAGGAGACGGCCUCACCUUCUCAGUGCUGCCUUCCCGCAUUUCGAUCACGUCGCCAGGCUGGCUUCUGGAGGCCAAGACACCGAUGCUCGUGGCUGGGGUAUUUUUCGGCGCUCUGAGCGUCGGCCUGGCUGUCCUGAUCGGCAUCUUCGACCUGCUGAUGGAUUCCAUAGACUUGUGGAACGUACAGAUCAAGCGGGGCUUGUACGCGCAUUUGUUCGUAUGUGCCACGGGGAUGCUCUUCCACAGCGUGGGUUAUUCAUCGACGACUUUCUUGGUGGUCACCGAAGACAUUGUGGGCGGCGAUUAUCUCAUCGGACGGCACUUACACUGGCUGAUAUCUACGCCCCUGCAGUGGUACAUCUAUAAUCUGUGCUUCGUGAGCCCGGGGAGCAGGUCCAGCCGCAUUGAAACCAUCUACGCUUACGCUGCGGCUGUGCAGAUCUGCGGCAUCUUGAUGUUAGCCACGCCAUUCCCAAUCUUAUCCUUUGUUGCGGCCACUGGCUGCUUCGUGCGGGUUUUCGUGGUGGCGUAUCAGCUUCCGCUAGUGCCGGAGACUGCAGCUGUUGGCCGCAGGUUUUUAGACCUCCACCUGUUCCUGUGGUCUGCGUAUCCGAUUGCUCAGCUGUGCAGGGUGGUGGGCUGGCUGACGGUCGGGCAGCAGCAGGUGCUCGUAUAUUGCACCCUGGACUGCUUAUCCAAGGGCCUGAGCUUCGGCAGCAUCCUGGUGGCCCGCCUCAAGCGCACCCUGACAAGCAUGACCGGCGCCCUCCAGACGAUGCCCGAGAACCACGACGUGGUGCUCGUGGUGGACUCGUCCUUCCGGCUGCUGGAGCCCGUGCGCAACCAGAGCCUCCUGUUCCACAAGUCCGCGCAGGCCGACGGCACAGCCCGGAGCCUGCUCGAGCUCUGCGCCAGCGAGGAGGACAGCGAGCGGCUCCACAGGGUCGCCCGGGCGGCAGACCGCCAGCCGCCCGGGAAGGGCUCGCCGAAGUGCACGCUGACAUUCAGGCUCCGGCGCGAGUUCGGGGAGCUGAACACCACCUGCUUCGUGUCCAGGUGCACAGGAGGUCGCCGGACAAUCGGGAUCUCGUUCGCGGCCCAGCGGGUGGGUCCCCAGGCGAGCGGCAGCGAGGCGCGCGACCCCGACGGCGUGAUGUCUGGCCCGCACGGCGUUGCACAAGUCUCUGGAACCAGUCUCAAGCAUUUCGCAUGCGUCCCUGAGUGA